GGAGGAGGAGUGUGGGGGGGGGACACACACGCACAGACACGGCCACGAGCUGAAGCCCCCGGGACCGAAAAGAACGGAGUCACCGGAGUCGCCUUUGUGGUUGUCGGGGGUCGCGUUGUCGCCGUGGGUGUCCCCCCCCCCUCGCCCCUUCUCCCGGGGUGGCAGGAUCCCCGUGUCACCGGCCAAGGUGCGGGAACGGGCGAUGGAUACCUGGGGGGCUGCGGAUCCGGAGCAGACGGUGCUUUUUGGGGGUGACGGGGAGGAGGACGCCUACAACCCCCCGGUGAUGCAGAGGACACCGAGCGACCCCGAGACGGACCCCCAGGCAGCAGGCGAUCCCGAGAUCGUAGAGAUGGAUACGGCCGCCUUGUUGGGUCACCCCGAAGAGGGUUCACCGGGCGAACGGAGCCCGGCACGGGAAACCCUGCGUUGGACCGUGGUCCAGCAGAUCGACUCUCCCGGCGCGGCAGGAGGUCGGCGCGGCGGUAAAACCGGAGCGGGAGCUGGCACCUUCUCCAACUUCAAGAGCAUCAUUGUGUUGCAGAAGAGUUAUGAGUGCGGGGAAUGCGGCAAGAGCUUCAGCUGCAGCUCCCACUUCAGCAAACACCGGCGGACCCACACCGGUGAGAAACCCUUCCUCUGCCUCCAUUGCGGUAAGAGCUUCAACGUCAGCUCCAACCUCUACCGGCAUCAACGGGCUCAUGCUGCCGAACGGCCGGGUCCACCGGCUCCACCGGCGCGUCCCCGUGGGUUGCCGUAUAAAUGCGAGGAGUGCGGGAAGAGUUUUCGCCGUAACAAGGAGCUGGUGACCCACCAACGGUUGCACACCGGUCGCUUGCCCUUCCAAUGCAGUCACUGCGGGAAGAGCUUCAGUUGGAGCUCCCAUUUUGACCGUCACCAACGUGUCCAUACUGGUGAGAAGCCCUACCAGUGCCCUGAAUGCGGUAAGCGUUUUAGCCGUAGCUCCCACCUCUACCGGCACCAACGCACCCAUGCCGGCGGUCGCUCUUACAUCUGCACUUAUUGCGGGCGUAGUUUUGGUAGCACCCUCCAUUUUGACCGGCACCAACGUACCCACACCGGCCAACGACCCUACAAGUGCACCCUAUGCCGGAAGAGUUUUGGUGAUGGGCCGGCGUUGGUCAAACACCAACGCCUUCAUCUGGGCGAUGGUCCUUUCCGUUGCGAAGAGUGCGGUAAAGCCUUCGGCGCCCGCGCCCAAUAUGCCCGGCAUCGGCGUAGCCUCCACGGCGGCGGUGAGAAACCGUACCGUUGCGGUGAUUGCGGGAAGAGUUUUUCCUGGAGCUCUCAUUGGGAACGACAUCAACGUAUCCAUACUGGCGAACGACCCUACCAAUGCGGGGACUGUGGCAAACGUUUCGGCCGGACCUCCCAUCUCUACCGGCAUCAACGUACCCACGCUGGCGGGCAACCCCACAUCUGUGCCGAUUGCGGGAAGAGCUUCAACAGCACCCUACACUUCCAUAAGCACCAACGGGCUCACGCCGGUCCCCGGCACGCCUGUCCCGAUUGCGGCAAGGCGUUUGCUGAUGGUUCGGCGUUGGCUAAGCACCGACGGGCACAUGCCGGUGAGAAGCCUUUCCCUUGCCCGCAGUGUGGACGGCGUUUCGGCGUCAGUUCCCAUCUUCACCGUCAUCUCCGUAGCCACGGCGAGGAAGAGCCGCCGGAGGAGCCGCCGGAUGAGCUUACGCCCUGUCCGGUGAUGUCCCCCGGUGGCACCAACCCUGGCCCCGAGGACGUAGUUUUUGUUGGCCCUUCCCAGCAAUGUCCCAUGCCGAUGCUGGCUGGGUUGUCCCAAAUACACCCAACCCCAAACCCUUCUGCCUUCAUUGGGUCCAGGAGGAUCUCCAAGGAGGAAGACCGUCUGCCUUCAUUGGAAAACAACUUGGGUAUCUCCUUGAGCAUCUCCUUGGGCAACUCCUUGGGCAUCUCCUUGGGCAACUCCUUGGGCAACAAACAACUUGGGCUGAUGGAUUCGAGGCUCCGGACCCCCAUGUUUGACCCCCCCCCCCUUAGAGGGUCCCUAGACACAUCCACAGCGAGAUGGGACAGACCCGUCCCCCCAUUUUUCGGGGCCACCAUGCAGGAGAACUACGAGAACGUCAUUUCCUUGGCGGAGGAGAUCGCCAUCAGUUGGCCGCGCAUCACCGCCUUCGCCGAAUCCCACCGGAGGCGGGGGCUGGUGUCGGUCAUUUUUCCAGGCGUGGAAGCAGAGGGCGAGCAGGGUCAACCGGAGCCCACCCAGAUCCAACCCUCGACGGGAGCCGGUUCCAGCGAUGGGGGGGUGAACCCCGAUUUACGUCGCCAGUUGGGCCUGAUCCUGCAAACGGCCGGCAGGAGCCAGGUGGAGAAGAUGCUGCGGGAGCUGGUGCGGGAGCAGGGGCAGGGGGGGAAGCGCCGGAGCCGCAAGAAAACACCCAAGGAUGGAGGCACCGGUGCCGGGAGCGGGACGGAGGAGGAUUCAGCACUGCGGGACGGCGAGGAGACGGCGCUGGAGGAUGCCGAUCAGCACCAAAGCGGGGGACAGGCGGGUGAAGCCCCCGCCGCCGGUAAAGGGAAUGGGGGCAAGAAGGGCAGCGCGGCAUCGCCGGCAUCCCGGGGUGGUUGUGCCGAAUGCGGGAUGCGGAACCGGUCACAGAGUCCGGUAAAGCCGCGGCGGUGCACUGAGUGCGGGCGGCGGUGUCGGCAAUCGGCCCGGCAGCCAGAGCGCGGCGGGGAGAAGCCACACCGGUGCGGUGACUGCGGCAAAGGCUUCAGCCGAGGGUCCAACCUUGCCCAGCACCGGCGUAUCCACACUGGUGAACGGCCUCACCGUUGCGGUGAUUGCGGCAAAGGUUUCAUCCAACGCUCCGACCUGGAGCGGCACCGGCGGGUUCACACCGGUGAACGGCCAUAUCCUUGCGGCGACUGUGGCAAACGGUUCAGUGUCAGCUCCCACCUUGACCGGCAUCGCCGUACCCACGCCGGCGGACCCGGUCCACCUGCCCAACCCCGCACCCGUCCUCGACCGCCUCCACCGGAGGGGUCACUGGCUCCUCACCGCUGCCCUGAAUGCGGUAAGAUCUUCGCCCAACGCUCUGCUUUGGCCAAACACCGUAAGACCCACAGCGGCGAACGACCUCACCGCUGCGGCGACUGUGGUAAGAGCUUCAGCCGAGGCUCCAACCUUACCCAACACCGGCGCAUCCAUACUGGCGAACGGCCAUUUGCUUGCGGCGAUUGCGGCAAAGGUUUCAUCCAACGCUCCGACCUGGAACGGCAUCAACGGGUACACACCGGCGAACGACCCUAUACCUGUGCCGAAUGCGGUAAGAGCUUCAGCGUCAGCUCCCACCUCGACCGGCACCAGAAGAUCCACGCAGCCGAACAGGCAUCCUACCGUUGCCCUGAACAUCUAGCCGGCUUCUUGGCUGCUCAUCGUCACGGUCGCCUCUUCCAAUGCGCCCAAUGCGGGCGAUGUUUCAGUCAAGGCGCUGCCUUGCUCAAGCAUCAGCGUGCCCACAGUGCCGGAGGAACUGUGGGGCAGCCCCCCAAGUGCCCGGAUUGCGGGAAGAACCGGGGCGGCACAGUAGGGUUACGUCCCCGCAGUCAGCAAUGUAUGGAUUGCGGGAGGGAAUCGGAUACCGCUGACGGUGAAACGGCACCGGCAGUACCGCCGGAGAAACCCUAUAAGUGCGGGGAAUGCGGAAAGGGUUUUGGGCAACGUUCGGCGCUGGUUAAACACCGGCGUAUCCAUACCGGAGAGAAACCCUACGCCUGCGGGGAUUGCGGGAAGGGUUUCAUCCAGAAGUCGGACCUGACCAUCCAUCGCCGGAUGCACACCGGGGAGAAACCUUACCGUUGCGGUGAGUGCGGUAAAUGCUUCAGCGUCUCCUCCAACCUCAUCACCCAUCAACGUACCCACCUCGGCGAGAAGCCCUACCAAUGCCCCGAAUGCGGCAAGAGCUUCAUCCAACGGUCCGAGCUCACCAUCCACCAGCGCGUCCACACCGGCGAGAAGCCCUACAAGUGUCCCGAGUGCGGCAAGUGCUUCAGCCGUAGCUCCCACCUCAACCGCCACCAACGCACCCACGCCGGGGACAAGCCCAAAGCCACCGCUGCCGCCGCCGCCGCCGCCGCCAACCCCUCCGGCGCCUUCUCCAGCACCGCCUUCUCCCCGCCGUUGGGCGGUUCGGCGGCCCCCAUCCCCUCGCUGCCCUCCUUCCCUGCCUCCCCCUCGCCCCUGCCCAUCCCUUCCCUCUCCAGCCCUGCCCUGGACCUGCCGUGGGCCCUCUCCUUCCCUGCCCGCGCCUUCCCCCACCCCUCCUUCCCCUCGGCCCCCGCCUCGGGGGCCCAGACCUCCUCCCUCAUCAACUGAGUGGUGCCCGGCCCUGGCCGCAGCUCCAUCCUCCUCCCUACCUCCCCAGACACUCGCCCAACACCCAACCGGUGUUGGCCUCAAAGACCCAUUGUUGGGAGGGCUUGUUCCUGCCCAGAGCCGUUCAGCCUUCGUGGGUAAUUAAUGAUCUCUCUAAUUAGGGGAUGAGGCAGCUCCUCCAACCCUGACCACAGCCCCAGCUCCAUCCUCCUCCCUACCUCCCCAGCCGCUCACCCAACGCCCAACCGGUGUUGGCCUCAAAGACCCAUCGUUGGCGGGCUUGUUGCCACCUGGAGCUGUUCAGUUUUGGUGGCUAAUUAAUGACCUCUCUAAUUAGGGGAUGAGGCAGCUCCUCCAACCCUGACCACAGUCCCAGCUCCAUCCUCCUCCCUACCUCCCCAGCCGCUCACCCAACACGCAUUCUUGGUUGGCCUCAAAGCCCCAGUGUUGGGGGGCUUAUUCCCACCCGGAGCCGUUCAGUCUUGGUGGCUAAUUAAUGAUCUCACUAAUUAGGGGAUGGGGAAGUCCCCCUCAUGCCGUGGCUCCAUCCUCCUCCCACCCUCCCCAGCUGCUCACCCAACACCCAACCAGACUUGGCCUCCAAGACCCGUUGUUGGGGAGCUUGUUCUUGCCCGGAGGUGUUCAGCCUUGGUGGCUAAUUAAUGAUCUCACUAAUUAGGGGAUGGGGAAUUCCCCUUUAUGCCAUGGCUCCAUCCUUCUCCCGCCCUCCCCAGCUGCUCAGCCAACACCCAUCCUUGGUUGACCUCAAAGACCCAUAGUUGGGGGGGGUGGGCUGGGCUUGUUCCUGCCCGGAGCCAUUCAGCCUUGGUGGCUAAUUAAUUAUCUAAUUAGGGGAUGGGGGACUCCCCCCUUAACUUUUUAAUCCUUUUAACCAAAUUACUACCUUUUCACAGCAGGAAGAUGCACACUUUUCCCAAGUCAAUGUCCCCAUGGCAGAGGGGGGACAGUGCCCACCACUGCCCCUUGGAUUUUGGGGUAGAGGGAAGUGAAUAAAAUCAAUUCCCCACCUAAUUAGGGUGAUUUUUAACCAUGUUUUCCCACCCUUUCCUUCUCCUGCUGUGUUUUAAAGCACCACCAAGUGCAACCCAAAAUUUACCAAAUUUGUCCUAGGUGCGAGCUGGUAAAAACUGAAGCAGAAAAAGGGGGUUGGGUUUUUUUUCCCUUUUUCUGCUGUGUUUUGCUUUUUGGGGCAAUUAUUUUGGGGGGUGGGCAGGGGAAGAGCCCCAUCUGGGAUCGAUGGGCAAAAUUGCUCUUUCUGUUUUUUUACUGCUGUUGUGUGUUGUUCGUGGUUUUUUGGCACAGCUGGGCAGCGAUGAUGCUCCCCAAGUGCCAUUAUGGGGGGGAAAAAAACACGGAUUUGGGUCACCAGCACUGCCAAGCACGUGUUUCAGAGGAAAGACUUUAUUAUCAUGGAUGGAGCAGAGUCAACUGUGGGGUUUGCCCGAUCCCCCCAGUGUGUCCCCCUGAAAUGGGAGCAAAAUCAAGCUGUUUUCAGCUUUUUUAAAAAAAAAAAAAUUUUUUUUUGUUUUGUUACUUUUGUGACUUUGUAUUCCCGCGUCGCCUACGAGUCGGUUCAAUAAACAAGAGCUGGGCGCCUACAUGCGUCCUGCAGCCGACUCGUGAUGAAAA